AUGUCUACACAUUCAAAUCACCCAUUUCAUUUAGUUGAUUAUAGUCCAUGACCCCUAACAGGAGCAAUUGGUGCAAUAACAACUGUUUCAGGGAUAGUAAAAUGAUUUCAUCAAUAUGAUAUUUCAUUAUUUUUUUUAGGAAAUGUAAUUACUAUUUUAACUGUAUACCAGUGAUGACGAGAUGUUUCACGUGAAGGAACUUAUCAAGGACUUCAUACUUACGCAGUAACUAUUGGAUUACGAUGAGGAAUAAUUUUAUUUAUUUUAUCAGAAGUAUUAUUUUUUGUAAGUUUUUUUUGAGCUUUUUUUCAUAGAAGUUUAUCACCAGCAAUUGAAAUUGGAGCUUCAUGACCUCCUAUAGGAAUUAUUUCAUUUAAUCCGUUUCAAAUUCCUUUAUUAAAUACAGCAAUUUUAUUAGCUUCAGGAAUUACAGUAACUUGAGCCCAUCACAGACUAAUAGAAAGAAACCAUUCACAAACUACCCAAGGAUUAUUUUUUACUGUUUUAUUAGGUGUUUAUUUUACUAUUUUACAAGCAUAUGAAUAUAUUGAAGCUCCUUUUACAAUUGCAGAUUCAGUUUAUGGUUCAACAUUUUAUAUAGCAACAGGAUUUCAUGGAGUUCAUGUAUUAAUUGGAACAACUUUUUUAUUAGUAUGUUUAUUACGUCAUUUAAAUAAUCACUUUUCAAAAAAUCAUCAUUUUGGUUUUGAAGCUGCAGCUUGAUACUGACACUUUGUUGAUGUAGUUUGAUUAUUUUUGUAUAUUACAAUUUAUUGAUGAGGAGGUUAA